AUGAAAUAAAUAUUAUUGCUGAAGUUGCAAAUAAGCAGGCGCUGGCGCAAAGUUCGGCGAAGUGCAAACAAAUUACACAUAAAGCGUUCAAUAAAUAAAAUUAAGCAAGUUUGCAUAAUAAUUGCGUAAUACCCUUACUAAAUAUACGUAGAAGCAUGUGGACACGUUGCCUGCUGCUUACAGCCUUCGCACAAUGUCUGUGGACUCACGCGCUCGCCGCGAAAUACGGGGAUGCGCGAAGUAGCGCUGAAACGGUGGUCGCGCCGCCUGCCGUCACCUCGCUACAAUGGACCGGCGGACAGUUCGAGUUUCCGGGCUCGUCGCGUUCGCUCUUUCGCAGCUCGGGCAAGUACAUCUCGAAGAAUGUGAUAGCGACGCGUGCGCAGAUAGUGGGUGACACCGUCUUUUUGGCAUUACCGCGCUAUAAGCACGGCGUGCCGGCGACGCUUGUGAAGACCACGCUCAAACCUGGCGCUUGCCAGGCCACCUUUGCACCCUUUCCCUGCUGGGAUAUGCAGGAUGAUAGCACAUGUAAGGGUUUCCAGUCCGUAGUCGAUUUGGUUGUCGAUCAAAAUGACGUGUUGUGGGUAUUGGAUACGGGCAUUGUGAACACGCUCGAGACGCCGGAACGCAAAUGCACCGCUAAAGUGGUAGCGCUUUCUGUGAAGACGGGCAAAGUGUUGAAAUCCAUUUCGUUGGAGGGUCUAACAUCGCCGAACUCGCGCUUGCAAUAUAUUGUUGUGGAUUAUGCACCUGAUGGCAGCUGCUUCGUGUAUGUCAGCGAUGCUGCGAAUCGUGCCAUCAUCGUUUAUAAUUUACAAGCUGAUCGUGGCUUCCGUGUGGUGCUGCCGAAAGCUGUAGCUUCAGGUUGCAGAGCACGUGAUGUGCUCUAUAUCGCGCUCAUACGCAAGGAUUGUGGCACAACGGAGUUGUACUUCACCUACUUAAGCACGAACAGACUUUUCUUGCUACAGUCGGAGUACUUGCGCAGUGGUGUGGCUGAUGGUCGUAUAUUGGAUUUGGGUAAGAAACCAUCGCGCAUGGUCAUUAUCGGCACUGACAACGGUUCGGCCAUAUUCUUCCGCAAUGAAGGCGAUGCGGAGGUCUAUCGCUGGGACACUUCCAGCGCUUUUACGGAGACGAACUUUAAGCCUGUCUACCGCAGCGACACCUGUCAGCUGGCGACGCAUGCAGUGCCCGACUACAAGCGCAAUACAAUGCGUGUGCUGCAGAGCAAUUUCCCGGAUUAUAUGCAGAAUCGUGUGGGUUGCGGUGCAGUACAGCAAUUAUCCGUUAUGCAGGGCUGUUGGUAACAGUUAUUUGUUAAGGCUGCCGGAAGUCGGAAAUUGAAAAUUAUAUUAGAGUAGUUUGUUGAUGCGGGUAGUAGUAGUGUUGAUAAGAGUUAAGGACCGUUAGAGUGUGUAUAUAAUUUGAGGUUAUGAGGAAAUCUCUUUCUAUACAAUAUCCGGUUAAGGGAAAGUGUGUUAUGCAUAUUUUAAUUGAAGUUGCCAAGGGCAGAAAUUGCACUGUUAAUAUGUAUGCAUUGUUAUUUAGUUAGUUGGGUUGGUUAGUCUGGGUAAAUAGUUAUAGUAGCAUUAUAUUGGUGAAGGGUAGUCGUGUGGUUAGUCUUUAAGUUUUUAAAAAGGAACUGGAAAUAUAUUUCUCAUACUUAAUUUUGUUAAAUUUGAAUAAAUUUAUAUUUAUAGAUUUUGUAAAAGAGAAUGAAUGUAUACAGUGUU